ACGAAUUCUCGGAGUCAGAAGAGAAGAAGCUUUGGAGUUAAGAGCGCCUUCAAUCUUGCACUGAACAACCAACCAACUGUGCGCCAAGAGGAAUCCCAGCAAAAGACGUCUUCAUCAAAAUGAACUUCUCCUAUUUAGUUGCAUGUGGACUUCUGGUCACCUUGCUUUCAGAAAAGAUGGAUGCACAACCUUUAACUCAAGCGCAGCAGAAGUCUCUUAGAAGUUUGCUCGGUGAGGAGCUGGCAGAGUUUCUGGAGUCUGGAGAGAGCGAAAGGCGACUGGACGCCGUGCGCUCUCGGAUGCGGUUACUGCGAGAUUUACGCGUGGAUACCCGAGCCAGAGGGAUGUGGGCUCGUCUCCUUAACGACCAACCUGCCUCCAGGAGACACAAAUCGGGGAGCAAAAAAGGGGGCUCCACGUCGCGGAGUGGCUGCUUCGGACAUAAGAUGGACCGGAUAGGGACCAUCAGUGGCAUGGGCUGCUAGGGUUGGAGCAACACCGUUGAAGAUCUCUGGACGAUGGGUUUGGAGAGCAAAAACUCACUUUGUUCUCACCUGAGGAUAAAAAAAAGGGGGAUAUUCGGUACGAAAGCAAGCCGGACCAGCAUAAACAGAGACUGGGAUCAAACAAAGUCUUCAUAUCAGUUUCUACAUAUAUAACAUAAAUAAAACAUGUAUAUAUAGACAUACAUGUAUUCCACACAACAUGUUCAACAGAUACGAACACGGAGAGAUCAUACAACGUGAACAAUCCUGUAACAACUACAAGGCUGUGUAUUAUUGCUGCUGCUGCUGUACAUUCAAGUACUUCAUCCCGCCCCUGCAUAAAUGUAUUUAUGUUUAAAUAAUAUUUAUAUGUUUAUAAAAAAAUAUAUUUAUAAAUGUGUUUUAAUUUAUGUAACAAUUGAUGCAAACUGCAGGCCAAUUCUGUUUGUUACAUUUUCUUUGUCUCAAAUAGUUGUGAAUGUUUCAAAAAUGAUAAAAACAUAAAUUGACAUGCACUCUUA